AAUGAACGACGAGAAUAAAGAUCCUUUAAAAACUGAUGUUGUCAGUAAAAAUACUCCAAGAAAGGUUAUGAGUAUCCAAAAAAAGGAAAUGUUAAUAGAUUUGUUCAAAAAUAAAACUAAAAAUGAACCCGACCUCAAAUUCUCAAAACUAGUGAAUAUACUAUCGCAAGAAACUGGCAUUGGAGUUAUUACUGUUAGGAAUACUUUGCGAAAAUAUUUUGAUCGACAACCAAUAACACCAAAAAAAAGAAAAUUUCGAGCAACAGCAAAUGAAAAAAUUGACAUUUCUGAGAAAUUAGCAAUUCGCAGAAAAAUUCAUAGUUAUUGGUUUAGACGUCGAAUACCAACUUCGAAAAAUAUAUUACUUGCCAUCAACGCUGAUCCAAAAAUUCCAUCACUACACUUUAAAACAUUAAAAACCGUAUUAAAAGACCUAAAUUUCGAAUAUACGAAAUGUGGUACUACGUAUGCUCUUACGGAAACAGAAGAUAUUGUACUAUGGCGUCGAAAAUAUCUAGAAGAUAUACGGCGUUACCGAAAUGAAGGUAGAACAAUUUAUUACUUGGAAGAGACUUGGGUCAACGUMGGGGAAUAUCCAUCUAAAGAUUUAUCGGCCGACAAAGAACCUUCGGGUGUAGGCAAACGGUUAAUUGUCGCGCAUAUUGGAUCAGUCGAAGGUUUCGUAAAGGGUGGCCUGCUGUGCUAUGAGUCGAAAGCAAACACGCCAAACUACAAUGACCAUAUGGAUGGUGACAUAUUUUAUAACUGGUUCUGUGAUAUAUUGCCUUUACUCAACAAGAACUCCGUUAUUGUUUUUGACAACGCGUCAUACCAUUCGGUAACAAAUUACGUACCCACCAUGUCCUGGAAAAAGAAUUUUAUUUUACGAUGGUUUGAAGAUAAAGGCAUAGUAUUCGACAGGCCGAUUGUGAAGUGUCAAUUAAUUGAAGAAGUGAAGCAGAUGAGAUUUACCUAUGACAACUAUAGAAGAAGUGUACAAGAAGCAAUAAAUCACAAUAAAGCUGUUCUACGCUUACCACCGUAUCACUGUGAAUUAAAUCCAAUGCACUCAGCGUGGACGGCUGUAGCCAAUCACGCGAGAACGAAAAACUGCACAAGUUCUAAGCUGGACGAUGUACGUCAAGUACUCAAUGAUGGGAUUAAACAAGUAACGCCYGAUAAGUGGGCCAGUUACGUCUAUWAUUCAAUUAUGGAAGAAGACCAACUUUGGAAUCUCGAUUUCAUUACCGAUUACAUGUUGGAAGAAGCUGGAACUGUAUCAGACAUAGUGACGAUAAAUUUAGUUACGUCUUCCGAAUCAUCAGAUUCUAGUGAUYAAUGA